AUGACCAAUCACACAUUAAUGAUGGAAUUCUUGCUUAUGAAAUUCACUGAGAAUUGGGCGCUGUUGAUGCUUCAUGCUGCGUUCUUCUUGAUGAUUUUCCUUGUGGCAACAAUGGAAAAUGUUCUCAUCAUCCUCCUCACAAUUCUUGACCAACGCCUCCACACUCCAAUGUACUUUUUCCUCAGGCAUCUGUCUUUCGCAGAUCUGUGUCUCGUUUCUGCCACUGUACCCAAAUCCAUUGUCAACUCCAUCACCUUCACGGACUCCAUUUCUUUCCUGGGUUGUGUGAUUCAGCUCUUUUUGGUGGUGCUCCUGGCAGCAUCUGAGAUUGGCAUUCUCACUGUGAUGUCCUAUGAUCGCUAUGUUGCCAUUUGCCGCCCUCUACACUAUGAGGCCAUCAUGAACACAGGGGUGUGUGUGCAGAUGAUGGCUGUGUCUUGGUUCAAUGGUGGGGCCCUAGGAGUCUUGUACUCAGUGGGAACAUUUUCUCUUAAUUUCUGUGACUCCAAUAGGAUACACCAGUUCUUCUGUGAUGUCCCUGCACUCCUGCAGCUCAGUUGUUCUGAAGAACAUACCACCAUCAACAUCAGUGUGGCUAUAGGAGUCUGCUAUGCCUUUUCCUGUUUAGUCUGCAUUGUGCUGUCCUAUGUGCACAUUUUUUCCACCGUGUUAAAGAUCCCAUCCAGACAGAGCCAAUCAAAAGCCGUUUCCACCUGUCUGCCUCACCUCAUUGUGGUGAGUGCUUUCCUUGUAACAGGGGCUGUUGCUUAUUUAAAGCCAGUCUCAAGUGCACCUUCUCCUAUAGACCUUCUGGUGUCUGUGUUCUAUUCUGUGGUCCCACCAACCUUGAAUCCCAUUAUCUACUGUCUCAGGAACAAGGAUAUUAAAUCAGCUCUAAGCAAAAUCCUAUGGAAUAUUAAGAGCAGCUGA